AUUAUGUCGAAAAGUAUUAUAAAAAACAAAUAUUCAAUGAAAACUUUGACGCUCGUGUUUUUUUUAUAAGCGAGUAUAUAACAAAUCGUAAUCUUCCAAAUGGGUUUUAUUUUCUUCGAAUCACUGCCCAAACAAGUCGUUUAAGAAAACUUUAAGUCCCGUGGUGUGAUGUUGGUCUUUAUUUUGAGCGCAGUGCUUUUGGUUGCUUUUUUUCUUUUUAUUUUUAACAAACUGACUCUUGGUAUUUCCGAUAGUGCUGUUUGUUUGGUGGGAAAAACUGCCAUUGUCACAGGGGGAAAUGCAGGAAUUGGUUAUCACAUAGUAAGAAUCCUAGCCUCAAGAGGAUGUAGGAUAAUAAUAGCAGACAGAGAUAACUCUGACAAAACCCGAGAAAAACUUAUAAAUGAAACGAAAAAUCCCAAUAUAAUUUCCAAGCACUUGGAUCUGGCUAGUUUUGAGUCUAUACGAAAAUUCGCUGAAGAGUUUAAUAAUUGCGAAGAAAGACUGGAUAUUUUGAUAAACAAUGCUGGAGUUGGAAAAUCCUUCACAGACAAAACUGUGGAUGGUUUUAACGAUGUGGUUCAAAUUAAUCAUUUGGGACCUUUCCUUUUAACGCAUUUGCUUAUGGACAAACUAAAAAAAUGUGCGCCCAGCAGAAUAGUAAACACGAGCUCUUCACUGGCAUUCACGAACAACUUGACCAAAGAAAAUUUCCUGACGCACCAAAAUUUCGAGUACUGGAUAAUACCUUUCAACAUGAUGACCAACUACAGCAACACGAAAUUGGAGGUGCUAAUGACGUCCAACAUAAUGGCGGGAAAAUUGAAAGGGACCGGAGUUACAUGCAACGCUGUACAUCCCGGAAUAGCCAGGACGGAUUUGAUACAAAAGUCCAUGCCUACGAAUUAUUUUGCGCUUUGGUGGACCAUUGGAUAUAAUUUAAUAACAGCCAAGAAUCCUUGGGAGGCCGCUCAGAACACAGUACACGUGGCAACUGCGCAUGAGCUCGAAAACGUUACGGGUAAAUACUUUUGGGAUUGCAAGGUAUUUCCGUUUUUACCAAAACCGGCGCAGAAUAUGGAAUUUUCCAGAUGGGUAUACGAAGAAAGCGAAAAAUUGGUUAAAUUGAAGGAAAGCGAAAAAUUGUAAAUUGUCACUCUUAACAUAUUUUUAAAGAAUUCAAUAAAAUUAAGUAAAUACAUACCUGUUUUUCUCUAGGUAGCCAGGGAUUUUUUAUAUUUAAAAGUAAUAAAAAAC